AUGGCGACGAGGCUUCACCGGCGGAGGUGGUGCAGCUUCCGCCGUGACGACGGAGGCGGCUGCGGCGUCAUCCUCGCCUUGCUGACCCGCCGCCUCCGGCAGUCCCGCUGCCUUCCCUCGGUGGUCUCCACCCACGCCAAGAUCCUCAAGUCCGGCCUCACCCUCUACCCCGUCACCUCCAAUCACCUCAUCAACGCCUACCUCCGCUGCGGCGCCACCGCCCACGCCGAGCUCGCCUUCCGCGACAUGGGCGGCGCUGCCAACGUCGUCUCCUGGACCUCCCUCAUCGGCGGCUUCUCCGCCGCCGGCAGACCCGACCGAGCCCUCUCCUUCCUCCGCCUCAUGCCGGCCCACGGCGUCUCCCCCAAUUCCUUCACCCUCGCCACCGCCCUUACCGCCUGUUCCGCUUUGGCCGCCCUCCAUCCAGGCCGCCAGCUCCACGCAAUGGCAGAGCUCUCCGGCCUCAUCUCCGAUCUCGUGGUAUCCACGGCGCUGGUAGGCAUGUACGGGAAGGCCAACUGCGCCGGCGACGCCCGUCGAGUGUUCGACAAAAUGCGCCAGCGGAACGUCGUCUCCUGGGGCGCCAUGCUCGGUGCCUACGCGCAGAGCGCCUGCGCGAACCAGGCCCUCGAGCUCUUCGGGGAGUUCCUCAGGCUCCUCCCCUUCCCCCCCAACCACUUCAUGCUUUCCAGCGUGGUCACCGCCUGCGCCGGCCUUGGCCGGCUGGUCUCCGGGAAGUGCACCCACGCCGCCGUGCUCCGUCGUGGCCACGACGAGAACGACGUCCUCGGCGGCGCGCUGGUGGAUAUGUACGCUAAGUGUGGCUGCUUCGAGUACUCUCACAGAGUGUUCCAGCUUCUGCUGUCACCCGACGUGGUGCCCUUCUCGGCCAUGAUCGCCGCCGCCGCCAAGCACGGCAUGGCGACCACCGCGCUGGCCCUGUUCGACGAAAUGCUGGAGAAGGGGGUGAAACCCAAUGGGGUCACCUUCUUGGGGGUCCUCCACGCCUGCAGCCACGCGGGGCUGGUGGACAGAGGGCUGCAGUACCUCGCCAGCAUGGAAAAAACCCACGGAGUGGCGCCCCGCGUGGCGCACUACACCUGCGUGGUGGACAUGCUAGGCCGCGCGGGGCGGCUCGACGAGGCCGUCGCCAUGGCCGGCGGCGUAGCGGCAGAGGGCGGGGACGCGGCGCUGCUGUGGACCGCGCUGGCGUCCGCCGGCACCACUCACGGGCGCCUGGACGUCGCCGCUAUGGCCGGUGACGUGCUGGGGGGUUCCUUGUGCUCCGGCAGGGAUGUCGUCGGCGGCUUGGUCACCAUGGCGAACGGGUACCGGGCGGCGGGGAGGUGGGAGCUCGCCGCCGACGUGCGGCAAGAGAUGGCGCGGCGGGGCAUCCGCAAGGACCGCGGGUGCAGCUGGGUGGAGGUGAAGGAGGCCGUGGAGGUUUUCUACGCCGGGGAGGUGGCGUCAUGUUGCAGGGGAGGGGAGGUGAUGGAGGUGUUGCAGGAGUUGGAGAAGAGGAUGAAGGGAUAUGAUAGAAACGGGCGGGGACUGGAGAUGGCCGACGGGGAGGAGCCGGCGGCGGCGAGCCUGCACAGCGAGAGGCUGGCUCUGGGGUUCGCUCUGAUCAGCCUCCCUGAGGGGGUCACCAUCAGGGUGAUGAAGAACUUGAGGAUGUGCAAGGACUGUCACGAGGCCUUCAAGAUGAUAUGCGCCCUCGUCGAGAGGAAGAUUGUGGUCAGGGACCUGAACAGGUUCCACCAUUUUAGCGAGGGAUCCUGCUCCUGCGGAGAUUACUGGUGA